AUGUACUAUGGAAUUUACCCUGCAGCCAUCUUGAAUGCUGUUCAACGGCUGCUAAGUUCAGUAAUUGUGGAAGACUUUUUGGACAUUCAUUGCAUUUGGCUAUCUUCGUUCAACGCUUGUAUAAUGUCAAGAAAGUAUAUGAACAAUCCGGAUGGUAUUGACCAACUUAGUGAUCUUGGUAAACAACUUUUCUAUAACGGACCUGCCAGUACCUCAUAUUUUGAUGUUCGUGACUGUUCUGUAAUCACUGUUGAUGGAAAACGAUUCAAAAUCAGUAAACAAAUAUUGGAUUUUUAUCCAACGUUUGCAAAGCUAAUAUGUCGCUGUGAUGAACUUGGCGGAUCACAGGAAAAAUUUAUAAUGUCUUCCACACUGGAUUAUGAAUUGAUCAAAGAUCUGUUUAACUGCCUGAUAAAUGACAAACUUGAGAGCAAUACCUAUGAAAAAUUGUCGAAAAUAUUGCAACAGGCUUGUGAAUGGGACUUGGAAAAAGUGAAGCGAAAAGUUAUCGACAAAAUGACCAGUAAUACACGUGUUGAAGACAGCAUUAAUGUGUAUAAAACCUGUUUAGCUUUUUCACCAAAUCUUGAAAAACAGACCUUUGAAUACUUAACUUAUACAUUACCAGCAGCGGUACUUGAAGGAAAAGACGUUGGUUUUCGAGAGCUGCCACUAAAUGAUGUAAAGGAAAUCUUAUCAGCAGAUCUCCUGAAUGUUGAAAGUGAGCUGGAUGUUUGGAAAAUGGCAAAAGCUUGGCUUCUACAUGAGAAGAAAAGCCGUCUUAGCUCAGCACCAGAAUUGCUUUCUUGCAUACGUCAAAGUCUCCUUACCGUUUCUGAGGUGAUCGAUUUUUUUUACAUAACGACUGAUCCUUAUUCAGGAAAGCAGACCCGUUUUGUAGAUGGUUAUUUGGCUGGCCAUCUGAGGGCUAGAUAUGAGAAUGUCAAAGAUGACUAA